AGAGGAUCCAAUCAGAAAGUCAAGUCGAGGUCCAACAGCUCAGUUGGAAGUUGGAGCUGCUGGAAUUCUGCUCAUUGCUUUGAACUAUGACUGAGGCAGAGUUGUACACGCGGUACAAGGGGGUCUAUGUGCCUUCAGGUCUGCACCCUCCACAGAGCCUGAAAUACUACGAGGAGUUCACUUUUCGCCCAGAUGAUACUCUCAUCGCGACGUAUCCCAAGUCAGGUACGACCUGGCUGCAGGAGAUUGUUCCUCUGAUCAUGAGUGGAGGAGAUCCAGCUUCCGUUGAGACUCUUCAUAACUGGGACCGCGUUCCCUGGCUGGAGGAGAGCCGGGCCUGCAUCCUCAACCUUGAAGCGAGACCGUCACCCCGUAUUUUUACGACACACUUCCACUACAACAUGAUGCCACCAUCCUUCUUUGAAGUAAAGCCAAAGGUCAUCUACGUCAUGAGGAACCCCAAAGAUGUGUUUACAUCCUCCUUUCACUAUUAUGGGAUAACAAACUUCCUGGUACACCCCGGCCCACAGAGCGACUUCCUCCACAAGUUCCUUGAUGGAGACGUUAUUUUUGGCUCUUGGUUUGACCAUGUGAAGAGUUGGCUGAAUGCUGAAGAUAAAGAGCGCAUACUGUACAUCUCCUAUGAAGAGCUGAUAAUGGACCUGAAGGACUCUGUGGCCAGAAUCGCUCAGUUCUUGGAGAAAUCACUGGACACUGAGGUGAUAGAGAAGAUAGCAGACCGGUGUUUGUUCAAGAACAUGAAGCAGAACAAAAUGUCAAACUACUCCGCAGUUCCUUCUGAAUUCAUGGACCAGACAAAGUCAGAAUUUCUCAGGAAAGGAAUUGCCGGAGACUGGAAAAACCAACUAACAGCGGCAGAAGCACAGCACUUUGAUGCUGUUUACAAAGACAGAAUGAAAGAUGUCAAAUAUAAGUUUGCAUGGGAUUAAAAUAAAUUCACUGAAAAUUCUUAAUGGAAAUCAUCCCACCAUACUGUGAUGUAGUGUUGUAGUACUCGAGACCGGUCUUGGUCUUAAGACCACAUAUUGAUGGUCUUGUCUCAGUCUCGGACAUUGAGGACUCGGGAUUUUAUUUCAAGACCAUAACUUUGGGAAUAUCAAUAAAUUGCUUUUGACUAUCUGAUAUGUUAACAACCUAACUUUGAUUGGAAGUAAAACAAAUUGCUUCAAAUGCAACCAAUAACCCUAAUUAACGACGUCACCCCUCCCUGCGAUGCUUAUGUUGAUUUCAGCUCUUAGUGUUUGUAUGUGGGUGUUUUAAUGGGAAUGUGGAUCUUUCAGAUCAAUUUGUGAAGUACCUAUGAUCUCGUUCCACAUUGUAUUGCAUGCCAUGCAAUGCCCUCCCUCGGUCUUGGUCUUGGAUCAGUCUCAGCCCCUAAAAGUCUCGUAUUGGUCUCGAUAAACUCUGGCCUUGGUCUUGACUACAACACUACUGUGAUGCACAGAAACCUCUGAAGAUGCAGUUGAUUUACUUCAAUUUAAAGGCCAUAAUGAUCUUAUUAUCAAUAACUAUAACAGUAACUGGUAUACAUAUAUAUAUAUACCAGACGUUGUGUAUCACAUACUCACGAGUACAGAAAGAGCAUACUAACACAUGUUAAUAAAUAAACAAAUAAAUAAACAGUUGACCUUUUUACUCUUCCUGAAA